UGAAGUCUCUUGGUUACGUCGUUUGUUUACAUUCUGUACAAUAAAAAGACGCUGUCGGCGUUUCUCAUCCUUGAUAAAAUUAUUCUAGUGUUACAAGACAAGUGCUUUCACCUUUUUGUCUACUGAAUUAUGAGUUCUGAAUCGGAAAACAGAGUGCACCCUCCUAUGGGACCUCCUGAUUGUCCAUGGCGAGAAAUGAGUCCAGAUAGUCCUAUUCCUGAAGAUGUUGUUUAUCAGAAUGGAAAAUUAAGUGGUGAGGAUGCAUACAUCGGUAGAGUGUUUGAUGGACAAUGCUUGUAUGUCGGUACUGCUUUGCCAAGUAAAAAUAUUUGCUUCUACUUGGAUAAAAAUUUAGAACUGAAGUCUUCAUCGUCUUAUGAGAUUUUGACCUGCGCUAUGGGUAUUCCUCUUUACUUUUCUGAUCUCGAUUUUGAAAACAGAAACAACUUUCCUGGAGGAAAAGAUGAAGAUGAGACUUUAUUAAUUGGGCGGCUGGUUGAUGAAUCAGCUGACAAUACUUACUAUGGUUGGGUCAAGAAAUCCACCAAGUGUAUGUAUGUCCCAAGAGAAUCCAAGAUCGGACCGCAGAAAGUGGAUAAAGAUUAUGAAAUAUUGAUUCACAGGUUCGCUGACCGGUUGUGUAUCUGCCCUCCGUGCCCUUUUCCCGGUGGUCCUCAAUGAAAAUAACUCAAAUGUACAAAAGUUGCUGCUAACUUUCCCUCACUGUUACACUCAUUGCAUUCUUAAUGUUUAAAAAAUAUCUGUAAGCUAGCAUAGAGCCUAUCCUAUGAUUUUAUGUGACUAUUUUUGGAAAACUAUUGCUAAAGAAAUAUUAAUAAUGUGCUUUAUUGAUGCUAUUUAGUGAUGUACUUUCUAAAGUGUUUUCAAUAGUUCUGCUAUAUUUUUUUUACGUUCUUGAUGUUAUAAAAUUACUUAUACUUUUUGACAAAUUUCGGCACUUAGGUUUUGUUACUCCAAUGAGUUUUUGUUACUACUGCAUUCGCAGUAGCAAAGCUGCAAUAUUUUCUUUUAAAAAUUUCAGUUACGUAUUGAAUGUGAUAAUCGGUCUUUAGUAUUAUUAAAAAAGAGCUUCUUACUAUAUUGAAUUCCUAAUUUUUUAGAGAAUUUGUAUUCAAGUUCAUAUUUUAGAGCUGUAUUUUUAAAAUAUAUUUUAUUGAAUAAAGUAUUUUUGUUGCUUAGGUUUGUUAAUUAGUAUAUCUUUACUAUUAAAACUUGUAUGUGUCUGGAUUUUAAUCCAAAAAAAAAAAAAAGCAUUAUUACAGAACAAAAUUAAAACAGAAAAAAAUGUUAAAUCUUGUAAGGCAUUACCAGUAUGGCCCCAUAUAAAUAAAUUGAUUUUUCGUAAUUGUUUGGUGAUUUCGAAGGUUUUCAUUUUACAUUUUCCAAUAGAACUAUUACAGUCCGAUGAUUAAAAAUAGAAAAAUUUAAUAUGUUGUUAUAAAAAUUCCGAAUUAUGACUUGAUAUUAACAUAGCAGUUCUGUUUAAAAAUAACUUUCCAAUUAUAGAAAUGGGAUAGCAUAAAUAUUACUAAAAGUGAUGUUGACUAUUCAUGUUCAUUAAGUAACUGAUACGCAACUCGAUAUGCUAAUUAUUU